AUGUCGGACAGAUCUCGAUUUUCAGCAGAAGUUCUGUUAAUGGAUGACCGCUUAGUCCUAAUACAUAUUCCAAUAGACCUAUACCCCUUCUUCGUGAGCCCAAUUCUUCGUCUCCUUUUCCAUGAUGGAGAAAGCGAGGUAUCAUCAAAAACCGCUCCAGGGUUUGUGAAUAUAUCAAUUACUCCAAUUGAAUGUUCUAUAAUAUGCUCUCGAGAACUCGCAAACCUCUACUUCGUCCCGAUGGUGGAAGGAUUCGAAAGAGCAGCCAUAUCAGCAAAUUCAAAAAUUCAAAUCAGUUCAGAAGACUAUUUGGUCAUGCAGGUAGAGGGACAAGGUCUGGAUGCUGGCCAGCGUGUGGUAGAACUUACUAGCCCCCUUGCCAUGGCUGGAAUCUCCAUAUUCUUUAUAUCAACCUAUUUUUCCGAUUAUAUCAUUAUCCCCAAAUACUCGAAACAACAGGUCACAGAGACAUUCAUUGAGCGAGGGUUUAACGUUGAAGAAGGACCAGUUGAUCCUGAUGGCCGACGAGGCUCGUCUCCGAAUAUCCAUAUACCGAAUUCCAGACCAGACACUCCGCCCCCAUGCAGUGUAUCGGAGCUCCAGUUACGGACCUUCGCAACACUUCAAAAACACAAUAUUCGACCUCAGGUUGAUAAAUCCCUGCGUCUCGUUCAGUGUGCUGCACACUAUAGAGAGUUCACCGGGACAAAGUCUUACUCAAUCCUCCGACCUAACUUGAUAUCAGCUCUUCUUAAUGAUAACCCCCGGUUUUUCUCUCUGACGAUUGCAGCCACAGAUCCCGCACCGUCGUUACUUCUGGAGGAGCGGUUAUUGCCCCGGUUUUCUCUACCCAGUGACCCUGACAGGGAGCCAUCGUCACCUGUAGAGGAGGAUACCAAUCUGUUGCUAGGGUCAAAAGAUGAGAUUCUGAUAGCUAUCACUCUUGAUUUGCGAGAACUGCCCCUCGAAGCUGCUGGUAUUGUUUCGGGUGUAGCAAGUGCACUUGUAGCAAACACACGCAGAAAAGGCGGAGAAGAGGGCUCUGUCCACAAGGACCUGGAAACUAGUUUCCUUAGCACAUCCCGAGCCGGGAACGUUAUUGUCCGUGAAGAAGAACUGGAGUUGGCGAUGAAGUGUUUGGAGGCCGAAUUUUAA